AUGAAGCGAUCCCGUGCAUGUGAUGAUCUGGUCGCGUUGGCCGCUGAGGCUUCAAAUCAUAACAACAACACCAGCAACAGCAGUAAUAACAGUAGUGGGUUACUUCAAUAUGGUGUGGAUACAUGGACACCUUUUAUUGAGGGUCCAACGCAUCGGUUUAAACGCUCACGGGCGGACGUUAGUAGUUGCUGUAACAGCCAUGACAUGACACAUGAUCAGGGAUGUUUCGAGAGUCAUUUGCUACAGUUUCCACUGGAAAUGAAUGACCUCGAGGGCUUUAAUAAAGAGGUGACAUGGAACUCGUCGACAUUGUCCCAUUCGUCCGUGCAGGACGAUGAUUGUUUGCCAUUGCGGCGUAAUUCACGAGAGAAUAUGCUCUUGAGGAAGAAGAAACAGCGCAUUGCGGAGAUUACAAACAGUUUUAAUGAUUUUGGGAUCUACGAGGACAACACGAGCAGUACGAGAGCUCUGCGUCAUCAUUCGACAAGACCGCAAUCGAUCGUAGCAAUCGAGUCACCUGAAACACCAGAGCCUCGCAUUCUUAGAGCGGUGAAGCUUUCAUUCAGACAUGUUGAAAUACCGCUACCACGUGAUACACUUGUCAGUGUUUUUAACGUGAAAAAGCCUCGAGUGCAAGUAUCGCUAGCACAGUGUGCCACAUUGAACAAAUAUGAAAAGUCAAGAUGGCGGGCAUUUGCGCCUUUCACGUCAUUUGGCAGGCUACUUUAUUUUGUCUUGAUUAGACGUGAGCAAUAUACACGACGACGUGUGGUUUAG